UUCUCGUGUUCCACUCAAAGACGCCUCGGAGAGCUUCUUCUUCCCUCCGCGGAUCUGCGUCCAAUCACGGCGUCUCUGCAGUGGACGGGGGUCGGGAAGAUUCCGACCGAACCCUGCGGACUCCUGGAGGUCCUGAGCAACGGAAGCGGGCAGCAUCGGAUGGUCUAGUCUCCGGUAAGGGGACCUGGACACCCGGGCCCGCAGCGGGAGGAGGCCCCGACGCCCCCUUGUUCUGACCCAAAAAACAACGUCGACAGCCGGGCUGCCUCGUAACUAGAAGGCCGGCCCGCCCCUGCGGGAGCCCGCUGUGUGGCACCGUAGCAGUGCCACUUACCGGACCGGUGUACCCGUCCGGACUGAUUGUGUUGUUGUUAGCAACCAACCGGAUUUAUCUGCUCUGACGUUUUUAAAUAGCGACCUUCUGGAUGCUCGGGCAGCUUGUGGCUAGCUAGCUCCCAGCUAACAGCUAGCGCCUGUCCCCAGGAACCCGACGGAGACAACACGGACCGGCUCCCGGUACCAUCCUGCGGGUUGUACCGACCUAACAGACACCGAACAUGGCCGCGUUAACCAAGAUCAAGGGGAUCGUUAGCAGAAAUAAAAGGCGUUUCCAGGAGGACGGCUUCGACCUGGACCUGACCUACAUUUAUCCCAACAUCAUAGCGAUGGGUUUCCCAGCGGAUCGUCUGGAGGGCGUCUACAGGAACAACAUCGACGACGUCGUACGGUUUCUGGACUCCAAGCACAAGAAUCACUACAAAAUCUACAAUCUGUGUGCGGAGCGACAUUACGACACGUCAAAGUUCAACUGUCGAGUGGCCCAGUACCCCUUUGAGGACCACAACCCCCCCCAGCUGGAGCUGAUCAAGCCCUUCUGCGAGGACCUGGAUCACUGGCUGAGUGAGGACGAGCAGCACGUCGCCGCCAUCCACUGCAAGGCAGGGAAGGGCCGCACGGGCGUGAUGAUCUGCGCCUACCUGCUGCACCGGGGCAAGUUCCAGGAGGCGCAGGAGGCUCUGGACUUCUACGGAGAGGUCCGCACCCGGGACAAGAAGGGCGUGACCAUCCCCAGCCAGCGGCGCUACGUCCUCUACUACAGCUUCCUGCUGAGGAACCAGCUGCUCUACAAACCCGUCGCUCUGCUCUUCCACAAAAUGCUGUUUGAAACCAUCCCCAUGUUCACAGCAGGCACCUGCAACCCUCAGUUCGUGGUCUACCAGCUGAAGGUGAAGAUACACACCUCUAAUCCAGCAAACACCCGGCGAGAAGACAAACUGAUGCUGUUUGAGUUCCCCCAGCCACUUCCUGUGUGUGGAGACAUCAAGGUGGAGUUCUUCCACAAGCAGAACAAGAUGAUGAAGAAGGAGAAGAUGUUCCACUUCUGGGUCAACACCUUCUUCAUCCCGGGGCCUGAAGAGGAACUGGACAGGCUGGAGAACGGCAGUGCCGGCAGCGAGAAGACGCACCAGAACCCGGGGGGGGUGGUGAUGAUGGUUUCUGGAGGAGAGACCAACGACAGGGACUUCCUGGUCCUCACGCUGACAAAGACCGACCUGGACAAGGCCAACAAGGAUAAGGCCAACAAGAACUUCUCCCCCAACUUCAAGGUAAAGCUCUACUUCACGAAGACGGUGGAGGAAGGAGCGCACUCGGACGCCAGCAGCACGUCGGCCUCGGUGACGCCCGACGUCAGCGACAACGAGACGGAUCACUACCGCUACUCCGACACCACGGACUCGGACCCGGAGAACGAGCCCUUCGAAGACGAUCACCACAAUCAGAUCACCAAAGUCUGACACACAAACGCUCACGCACACGCACACUGGUGUACACACACACACACACACACACAUGUGCGUAUACGUGUGUGUGUGCUCAGUGGGUUCACGCACUCAUGAACACCCACACUAAGAAUGGGUGACUUUAGCUAAAGGGGGAAUAUAACCAAUGGACCAAGACUGACCUGAAGGUCUCAAGAGCUCAGGUCAGUGUAUAAGACACCCCCCCCCCCCCCAAUCUUCUGCUCAAUGCACAGCUGGACAAUCACAUGACACGGAGGUCAGAGGUGAGUGGGGCGGGGCCAGAGGAUGGCGGGUGAUUAGAAUGGGGGGAAAGGAGUGAGACUGGUCCCUGGUCCCCCCCCUCCACGCAGACCAGACCCCCCACCUCUGCUGUCUCUUCUCUGUGUGCCGGAUCAGUCUCAAUGUGUAUUUGUUUUAUUGGUAUAAAUCUCUUCUGUAAAUCUUCUGAAUUCGGACCGUUGAGGGUUGUCAAUCAUUUUAUCGAAUGAAACAUGGAUUUUACUCUGAUAACAACGCCUCUUGAUGAUUGGUCCGGUUUUGGUGUCUUCAGUCUGACAGGAGCUCCCGUUCAUGAAGCUGCUUCGUAGUGGGCGGGGUUUGUUGAAGCGUGGCGUUCACAGGAACAUCUGCCUCUGGAUGAGAGGUUCCUGUGGACCAUUGGCGCCUCCCUGAGUUUGUCUCAUUGGGUUUUAGGUGCUAAGCUAGUCGGGUUCUUCUGGUCCUGAUCGAUGACGUUGGCGUGGCAACAAUCUCCCGGCCCAGUUUGUGUUUCACACAAAGUCUGUCGAGUCUGACCUCACUUCCUGUCCAGUUCUUCAGGCGUAGUCGGUAUCGAUCAUUACACAAUUGUCACAGUUAUCGUUCAGCCGAAUGCUUCUGAUGAGCUGAUUGAUGAACUUCCUGUUGGAGACGUGUUCGUUAACAUGUAAAGAACAAACACACGUGAGUCCAAUGAUUCAGAUCAAUGACGCCAUGUUCACCGGUCACAGUGGGGUCAGCCCGUUAAAGCCGGUGACCUUUAACCCUCGAACUGGGCCUGAUCCUGCUCUGGUUGACCUUCUCUGGAGGAAUUCAGCUGUUUCUGUUUACAUCAAACCUGCCAAAAUGAAGCUCGCUCUGUUUCCUUUUUGUUCUGUUAUUGUUUGUUGGUCGUUCUGGGUAAACGUUAAAGCUGAACAUGGUUUAUAUUCCCGAUGUUUCUGCUUUAAGGUUUGGUCACAUUACAACAGAAGCUUGUGGAAGCUUCCUAGCGGCUGAAUGUGGAGGUUUAAAGGAGAUCUUGUUUCUUUGUCUUAUUGAAGUGAAUGAGAGGCGGAGGACCGAGGCAUCAUGUGACCAAACGUUUACCUGGAGCCGCUUUCUGCUCCAGUUUCUCCUCUGCAUCUCAGACCACAAUUUACAGAUAUAGAUAUCUAUGUUUAAUCUAUAUCCAAUGGCAAAUGGGCUGAUCGAUGACUCACAUUCAAGUCCCGCCCCCCGUAGUUGAGCCUCAGCACUAAAUGCUUUACACGGAAUUCAUAAUAUUUAAACAAUGGAUCCUUGAAUUCAGACAGAAAUAAUUAAUUUUCUAAUCAGCUGUAGCUAGCUAAGCUAAUGCUAGCUUCAUUAUUUGGGUGAAUAUGUUGGUUCUCUGACUGGUUUUGAAUGCAAUCUUAAUAUCAUGCUAACAGAGCUAAAGCUAACAGCUCAUCAUCAUGUCCAGCUAAAGCUAACAGCUCAUGAUAUCAUGCUAGCACACAAAGGCUAAAGCUAACGGGUCAUGCUAGCAGACUGGCCAACACAAACCGCUCCUGCUAAUAGACUGAAGCUAACACUAUCUGAUCAUGACGUCAUGCUGCGAGACAAGCUAAAGCCAACCGUGACUACAUUUGAUUGGACAAUGGAAGUCGGGGGAGGAGUUUAAACAACUCAUCAGGUUUAUUUGAGCUGGUUCCGUAUCGAGUAAACGAGUCGUAACGUGAGCACCGGGGACAAAUCCUCUGCUAACGCCUUUUUAUGAGUUUAGAAUAACAUUUAGCUUCUUGUAAACCAAUUCUCACUAUGAGAAGUCUGAAAUUUCACAUGUCCACAUUGUUGAAGAAAUUCAUAUAUUGUGCGAUCGAAACACUCCAACUCACGUUUGUGAACGAGACUUCCCUCCGAGCGAGACUGGGUCAGACUCGUACGUUACGUCGCACUGGUUUAAGAUCAAAGAGGAAUGAAGAGUACGGCUUAAACACCUUUGACUGAAGCGUAUAUUAAACUUCUUAAAGGUUAAAAGCUGCUGAGUUUAAGAAACUUCAGAAACUGUUGAAGCAGAAUAUCAUUUGUUUCUGUUCAUGUUCUGUUUGUGACUGUUUUUGUCAGGUAUUUAGUCAACAAACAAAUACACCGUCACCAUGCCAACCAUGGCAAAAAGUUCAUGUUAACCCCCCCCCCCCCCCCCCCCCAGUUU